AUGCCUGAAAUCAAGGUUGGAGACUAUCUUUUCCGCCGUCUGCACUCACUAGGAAUUCGUUCUGUCUUUGGAGUCCCCGGGGACUACGAACUCGCCCUUCUUGAUCUUGUCACUGACAAUGAUCUCUCCUGGAAAGGCAACCCCAACGAACUCGUUGCUUCCUAUGCAGCUGAUGGGUAUGCCCGUGUUCGCGGUGCUGGAGCCUUCCUCACCACCUUUGGACCUGGCGAGUUGUCUGCAUACUGUGGCAUGGCUGGCCAGUAUGCUGAGUUUGUGCCGGUGAUUCACAUCGUUGGCUACCCGGCUGUUGACGCUGUUCGCCAUAAGGAGAUCAUGCAUCAUAGUCUCGGGAAUGGAAAGUUUGACAUGUAUGAGAACAUGGCAAAGCACAUCACUGCGGCUACGGUUGUUAUCAACUAUGCUCCUACUGCGGCUCAGGAGAUCGACAACGCGCUGAGUAUCAUGAUGCGGGAGAGUAGGCCUGUAUACAUUGGGCUGAGUGUCGAUAUCGCAUACGAAAUGAUCAAUGCGGAGGGACUUGAAUCACCAAUUCAGGCUAUCCUCCCGCCCAAUGAUGCAGCUCUGGAGAAGAAAGUGGUUGACGAGAUUCGGAAACUGAUUGAAGGAUCUGAGAAACCUGCAAUCAUCGUUGACGGAGGCGCCGUGCGUCACGAUACGCUUGAGGAAGCCCACGAACUGAUCAAGUUGACCAAUUUGCCCGCCUUUACUACCGCCAUGGGCAAGGGGGGACUUGACGAGACCAUUUCCCAGUAUGCAGGCGUUCACUGCGGCGCUGGUACUCUGUCCGGUGUCAAAGAAGCACUGGAGAGCGUGGAUGCUGUCAUCUGGAUCGGCAACUACCCUUCAGACUUCAACACUGGGGAGUUUACGACGGUGGUCAACAAGAAUGCCACUAUUGUGGAUCUUCAACGCUUCACCGUUUCGAUUGGCAAGAUCCAGUAUGCGGUGUCGAUGAAGCAUGUCCUUCAUAGUCUUGUCAAGUCUCUUCGCUCGAGCCCCGUUGCAACAGUCGCACAAAAAGUCACCUGGGAUCCAUACCCGAAGUUCAACUUCCAAGCCAGCGACGCCCUCAAGCAAGACUUUAUCUGGGGUGCCCUCAGCUCCUUCUUCCGACCUGGUGAUGUCGUUAUCGGAGAAACCGGCACCUCUGCCUUUGGCCUCUGCGACACCAAGCUUCCCAGCGGUGUGAUGAUGUUUAACCAGACCGUUUAUGGAAGUAUUGGGUAUGCUACAGGUGCCAUCGUGGGAGUAGGACAGGCUAUCUCAGAAAGUGAAGGAAAGUGGAAGCGACCUGUACUUGUGACUGGAGAGGGCUCCAUGCAUCUCACGAUUCAGGCUCUGGCAGACAUGCUUCGGUGGGAUCUCAAGCCAGUCAUCUUCGUUCUCAACAACGGCGGAUACACAGUCGAGCGCUUGAUUCACGGAAAGGAAGCGUUCUACAACGAUGUUGCAAUCCUCGAUUACUCACUCCUGGCCAAAACAUUCGGGCCUGAUUUUGAAUCGAAGUACCAUGGUCCUAUCAAGACCUGUGGCGAGUUGUCAAGACUUCUGCAAGACCCUGGUUUUGGUAAUGCCGGUUGUCUUGAGCUUGUAGAACUCAUCCUGCCGCCUCUCGAUGCGCCCUCGGCUGUCAUCAAGACCGGUGCCGCCAUCGAUGCUUUCAACAAGGCCAAAGUUCAGAAGGGGUCAGGAGUCGGUCAGGGCGCCUAG